AUGUGGCGAAAUGGCAGCUGGUAUGGAGUCAUACACAUGAGGGAGUGUUGUGCGAAUUACCUUCUAAACAAUGCAAUAAAUUCUCACAUCCCCCUGAAUCACCUACCUAUGAUAAGCAAACCGAAAAAGUGGACCCACUCCGACGGAGGAAUGAUCCUGUUGAAAAACAAUUUCAUUCGCUGCAAUGUGAAGCCUCUUUUCAACAUAGACGUGUGUAACUUGGAGCGCAUCAAAAAUAUAGUCUCGCAAAUAGGAAACGUGCGGUGGAAAAUAAAUGCAGAAAUUUUAGACCUCAUCGAAUAUGCCUACAGGGAGGGGAUUACCAUUGGAAAUAUUCCACGCAAACAAAACUAUGACUUGCCGAAUGGCCCCUCCGAUAUGGGGAAGAAAAAUGUAGAAGACAUUAAACAGUACUACUUAUUAAGGGAGGAAAUUAGCAGAUUGAAUAAAUGCCUGAUCAGUGAGAGACCGACUUUUUUACAAAAAAUAGCAGUUGCAAAGACGUUAAAAAAUUGUGAGGUGAUUUAUUUCCCUCAUAAUAUUGAUUUCCGGGGAAGGAUGUAUCCUCUCUCACCACACUUGCAUCACAUGAGUGAUGACAUUUGUCGUAGUUUGAUUACCUUCCAUGAUAAGGAGGAAAUUGGUCCUAGAGGAUUAUUCUGGCUUAAAAUACACUUGGCAAACAACUUUGGGAAGGACAAACUGAACUUCGAGCAGCGGAUCAGUUGGGUUGAUGCCAAUUUGGGUAAUAUAAAAAAACUUAGUGAAAACCCUUUUCAACAUAUGGACUUUUGGAACAUGGCAGAGAAACCUUGGCAAGCUCUUUCCGUUUCGAUAGACCUGACCAAAGCGUUGGAAUGUCCUGAUCCGUCCAAGUAUAGGAGUAACAUCCCUGUGCAGCAGGACGGCACGUGUAAUGGUCUCCAACAUUACGCCGCUUUGGGGAGGGACUACGAUGGAGGGAAAGCCGUGAACAUAAUCCCAUCCGAUGAACCGCAAGAUAUCUACACCGUCGUGUUGGAAAUUGGCCGACUUGGGGGGGGCAUCUCGUCCCUCGGGGGGGAAGGGAAUAGUAUUAUCAACAGCAGUAACAGUAGUAGUGGUAUCAGUAGUAGUAGUAGUACAGCCAAGGCGACCUCCCCUUGCCGGGGAGAACUGGCCCAAUACUGCUUCCAGUACGACCUGCUGAAACGGAAAGUCGUGAAGCAAACUAUCAUGACCAUCUGCUAUGGAGUCACCUCCGUAGGAGCCAAGGAUCAAGUCAAAGGAAAAAUCCAAAACAUGAUAAGCAAAGUUUUGGACAAAAAUGCCAUUAACCAAUUGUCCCAAUAUAUAGCCAAUUACAUCUUCGAGUCGAUAAGCGAAAUUUUCAAAAGAGCAAUGGUAAUAAAAAAAUGGUUUAAUAAUUUGUCCAAAGUGACAAACGAACUAAACAUCCCCGUCACGUGGUUAUCCCCAAUUGGUCUCCCAUGUGAACAACCCUACAGAUUAGGACAGAGAAUUUUAGUUAACACGCCACUCCAGUCGGUAAGUGUCAUUUCAUAUCAAAAUAGCUUACUCCAUAAAAACAAACAGAGACUUGGCUUCCCUCCAAACUUUGUUCACUCACUAGACGCUUCUCACCUUAUGAUGACAGCCGAAAAAAUGGUCCUGGAAAAUAACUUCAGCUUUGCCGCUGUGCAUGACUCCUAUUGGGCUCACGCAUGCAAUGUAGACAUAAUGAACAAAUUUAUUAGAGACUCUUUCGUCACCCUGUACGAUGAACCUAUAUUGCAGAACCUUUACCAGAGCUACCAGAUGCGCUUAGGAAAGCACGCUUCUAGGAUUCCCGCACCCCCGGAACAGGGCCACCUUGACGUAUCCCUCGUUCGGAACAGUCGGUACUUUUUUAGUUAA